AUGAAUACUCCAGGAGUCCUGGAUAAAGAAUCAAAGGACCUAGUUAAGGAUUUCUACUUGGCUCCUUUCGCAUGCGCAGAAGUUGGCUUUCUGUACCUAGAGGAGGGAGAUCUGGAUCAAGCCAAAGAAUACCUCAAUAAAACAAGGAAAGACUACGAAAACCAUUUGUUACAAAGCAGACUUCACUUCAGAAUCCACUCAGCGCUUCAAGAAAUCAAACACAGACGCAAGCAGGCGAAAGAAGCAGCUAAAAUGGAAAAAAAGCAAUCCAAACGCUCCAAGAAUGGUGUCACUAACAAUAAUUCCUCAAUAGACGAGGAUUCUAUCAGCAUCUCUCUCGGUGGAUCCGAGAGUCUCUCGCGCCAGGACUCCAACUCGUCCUUUGAGACAGCUCCUGAAUAUUCAUCGGAAGAUGACAGGGACCUGGGAGACAUGGAACGGGAUAGCAGUCCUAAAGAGAAUGUUGUUUUGGAAACCACAGUGUGAAAAUUUUCCGUCUCUUUAAGUUAUUUAAAUUUCCUUUAGUAUCUUUUACGUGGUGUUACAGGAUGAUAAAAAAGCCUCGGUAAUAAAUUUAUUAGUUGUUAAAAAACCUAGAUAGAGCCAUGCCAAGUCCACUCCAAUGAAGCCAAUGAAGUGAUAUUUUGUUUUCUAAAGGUGUUAUUUCUAUUUUUUUUGUUUUUUUUGUUUUUUUGUUUUUGUUUGUUUCCCUUCACCAGAGCUUCAUUUUCGUGGACAUGAACGGAGUCUACUUCCCUAAUUUUAUAUACGUUUUUUUUUUCUAAAAAGGCUGUAUUUUUUUUCUGUGUAUGUUAGUGUUAAGUGAGGAAAGCCGUUUCUUCGACAAGCCGAGUUGAUUAUUACAUUAGGCACAGCAUUUUGUUUACUUUGGGGGUUAGGGGUAGCCUCUGUAGCGAGUAAAAAAUAAGUAAUUUUUUGUGACUCGUGAUCUUCACGAGCGCUUUUAACAAAAUGAGUUUGUCAGGGGAGGCGGGGCUCGGGUUGAUAAUUUGAAGGAAUGUGUCAACGGAUCUUCACGAGAAGCUAAUAGAGGAAAGCUCAAUCCGAAGAGUAAAAUAUCCCUGCAAAGAUCAUCUCGCGUGGCGUUAUAUUAUCGAGAUAUGACUCGGUCUUCGGCCAAUGAGAUCGUUUGCAUCAGUUUCUAUAAUCACUUGAGCAAUGAUCUCGCUCUUUUAAUGUCAAUUUACAAAGGGAAGUAGUUUGGUGUGUAUAAUUUCCCUCAGAAGUCUAAAGUUAACCUCCUCAAAUAGUUGGGAAUUUGAACGAAUUAUAGAUUUUAUUUAUUCUGUCCGUUCUUAUAUUGCGUUGCUUCUAACCGAAAUGUUCAUUUUAAAUUUAUUUAUUUUUAAGCCAGAGAUAUUCUAAAUUAACAACAAGAAAAAUAAAACUCUAUCUGUACAUACGUCGCGUGAAGCGAAAUUGUGUUAUUACAAUCACCCACUGUGGUGAAAUCAGAAAAGCUUUAAUCUUUCAUCGAGCAGUUUUUUAGUCAGUUACGUUAUAUUUUUGUGUGCAUGCAGACUUAUUUUCCACCAAGUAAUUUUUAAGAUUUUAGGGUUAAAAUGGAUGCUUCGAGAUGAAGAAAUUUCUGAUUUUUCCAACGCGCGCAGCGGAAAAUAAUAGCAAAGGAACUGUGGAUUAACUUACUUUACAUCGUUCUUAGAAAGUUUUAGAUCUGGCUUAUUUAGAUAGGAGAAGUUUGUAUCACAUUUGCUUAGAGUUUAUAGGAAUAAAAAGAAAAAGCU